AUGGACUCUCAACUUAUCCCGCUAUCCAAUUUCAGACUACCAGACCACCCAAACGCCACAUUAAAGCUCGAUGGCUCCCCUCUCAGCAUCAUCGACCCUUCCACUCUCACAGCCGAGACCACUAUCGAAAGCAUUACCUCAGCAAUCGGGCUAGCAACAGUUCUGUACAAAUGGCAACCAAACGCUCUCGCAGCCUUCUUGGAUCUGGAUGCCUGGUUCUCCUUCACAUGGACAUUAAGCAUUGCCGAAGGCACACCCGAGGGAUCUAAAAUCGAAAUUGGACGCAUAGGCAACCAAAUUACUUUCGGAAGCCUGGACAGCAGUGGCGAUAACUGGACAUUGAUGCUUACCUACAACAUCGUUCUGGAAGGUGAAGAGAGAGGCAAGUGGAUACCGAAUCCCAAAGAGAGCAUGUUGGGCGAGAAAGACGUCACGGACCCGGAGGAGAUUGAUAAGUUGGGUAAAGAGUUUGCGGAGAAGAUUGUGAGGGAGAAGAGGUGGGAGACGGGGAAGAAGAUGAAGCAUAGGUUUUUCGUGGAGUAUGCGCCGAUGGAUGUUUGGGGUGAUGGCAUACCGAUGAGUCCGCACUGGCUUUAUGCGUCUCUUGACUUUUCGAAGUGUACGGCUUGCAAAAAGACGGGUGUUGCGUUGCAGCGAUGCGGAAGAUGUGGUACGUCGACGUACUGUUCGGAUGUUUGUCAGAAAGGGGACUGGGCUGUGCAUAAAGAUGUGUGCACUAUGAGCAUGGAAGAUAGAGGACAAGCGAUUAAGUUAUCGGAGAAGGGUGGGCUGAUCAAGUGGGAUGCGGAGAAAACGUAUGCGAAAGAGGAAGGGGAAAUGAGUGCGAUUCCGAAUUUUGAAACACCGCAGGUGAAGCGGAGGAUUAUGCAGGAUACGGAUGUUAGUGGGAAGAUUGGAUGA